UUCAUGGUAAUGUCGCUGUCAAGUGAAAAAACAUGUCAGAGCAGUUGAGCUACGAAAUUCACAAAUAUUCCAGCUAUUCAACGUCCUAUUUGCCUGAGAAUAUCCGAGAGGAUUGUCCCAGCAAUCAGACAAGCAGGUGGUCAUCCAACACCAACAGUCCUCCGCAAUUUCUCACGCUCAAACUCCAGCGUCCGGCGAUUGUUAAGACCAUCAAAUUCGGGAAGUACGAGAAGACCCAUGUCUGCAACUUGAGGAAGUUUAAGAUCUUCGGGGGCCUGGAGGAGGAGCAUAUGGUCCUUCUGUUUGAAGGUGGCCUGAAAAAUGACAAUGUCCCGGAAAUCUUCACUCUUCGCCAUACAACGGAUUCCGGUGAAUUGCUCCCGGUGCUGUUCAUCCAGAUCAUGCCACUGCUAUCCUGGGGACCUAGUUUCAACUUCAGCAUAUGGUAUGUUGAGCUACAGGGCCAGGAUGAUCCAAUCUUCGUUCGCACGAGCCUCCAGAACUACAAUACUCUGCGAGAGGUGGAAAUUGUGAGGCUGUGCCUCAAGCAUUUCCGCCAGCAAGGCUACGAGGCGGCUUUUAGGUGCCUCCAGGAUCAGACGAAUGUCCUCCUUGAGCAUCCCAUGAUGUCCAAUCUCCACGAUGCCCUCGUGAUACGCGGGGACUUCAAGGAGACGGAGGAUUUCAUGGAGCAGUGCGUGGAUGAUGGUUUGCUGGAUGCCUACCUCUCCCGGCAGGACUACAAGGCUUCCUGGGAGCUGCAGGAUGUGGCAGAAACGGAGAAUAGACCGGGAAUGCGUGGAGGGCAUCAGUUGGUGAUUGACAAUCAGAAUGGACUGAUCUAUCUGUACGCUGGUUGGGAUGGGUUUGAGGAUUUGAGUGAUUUAUGGUGCUACAGCAUCAAGUCCAAUGUCUGGCGACUCAUUCAUGCCAAUUCCGAGAAGUUUGACGGUCCGACUCCUCGAUCAUGCCACAAAAUGGUUUUUGAUCCGCGCAGUGGGCAGAUUUUCAUCCUAGGACGCUACCUGGAUGGCUCUAGUCGUACCAAGGAGCACAUCAAGAGUGAGUUCUACCUCUACGACACUUCGCAUCAGACCUGGCUCCAGAUCUGCGAUGACACCAGUCAGGUUGGUGGACCGCAGCUCAUCUUUGACCAUCAGAUGUGCAUUGAUGUGGAUAAGCAGACAAUUUACGUCUUUGGCGGACGCAUCCUAACACCUAGGAAUAUCGAUGAUAUGUCCAACGAUCCACAGUACUCGGGUCUCUUCUCCUAUCACAUCGGUACGAACAUGUGGACACAGCUCCUCGUAGACUGUGGUCAUCCCAGUGCAGCACAUUUCGACGUUCCCAGCAUCAAGUCUCGCGUCACUCAUUCAAUGGUAUUUCAUCAUCGUCACAGGAAAUUGUACAUCUUCGGUGGACAACGCAAUAAGGAAUAUAUUACGGAUUUUGUGGCGUAUGAUGUUGAUGCUGGAGAAUUGUCGGUGCUGAAUUUGGAUGCCACAGCGACUGCGGAAAAGAAUGUGCCACAGUCGGGUUUCACUCAACGUGCCACAAUUGACUGCGAUCGCGAUGAAAUCUACGUAUUGUCGAGUCUUAGCAAAGAGAAGGAACGUCGGGAUUUCAAUGUUAACAGUCUGUGGUUGUAUUCGCUCAAACUGAACGAAUGGACGUGCAUUUACAAGUGUGACCACUCCACGGAGAAUUGUUGCUCCAACAAGGGUCAGGUGGUGUGCUCGGAGCCGUGCCCGAGAUAUGCUCAUCAGUUAGUUUUCGAUGCAACCAAUCGCAUACACUACCUCUUCGGCGGAAACCCCGGACGAAAUACACUGCCACAGCUCAGGCUCGAUGAUUUUUGGGUGCUGAGACUCGAAAAACCCAGUCGCCAGCAGAUUUUGCGUCAUUGUAAAUAUUUAAUAAGAAGACUGGAAUAUGAGGAGAUAACGAAGAGUGACCCACUGAAGGCUGUCAAUUAUCUUCAGACAAGACUGCAUGACAUUAUUGACCACAAGGACCCCGAAGAACUUAAAGAGUUCCACAAAUUGGCCUCUUUACUCUUCAAAUGCGACGACUUCCAGACGGAAAAUAGCAGUCCCCUGAUGACGGUGCCCCUGGGAACGACUUCAGCCUUCCUUUCUGAUAAAUGUGCUUCACCUUCGGGUACAUCCACAGCUGCCACACCAUCCCCAUCAUCAGCAUCAUCAUCAUCAUCGAGUUCUGCCAAGGUGGACAUGUCCUUCAAUGUGAAGAAUCAACGGUAUUUGCUGUUUAACAAAUUGGUGAAACUUUUGCCCGAGAAUAUGGUUCAGCCAAAAGGGAAUUUGAGUGAUUUUGUUCUUAUCUGAGGUAAUAUUUAUCCGAUUUCUCCAUGAUAUCGUACGAUUGGGAGGGAUUUGACAAGAAAGAAAAAAAUCAUUAAAAUAAAAUCAUUGUGAAAUAUACUCGGGUAGAAAAGUUUUCACAUAAUUUUCAAACUUAUUUACUCUCUACAUAUUUAGGAUAUGCAUGUCGAUGAAUAUAAUAACUCUAUCCCCAUUUUUUGUCUGUGCUGCUGUUUAUUAUUUUGUUCUUGUGAGAAAAGUUAAAAAAAAACUUCCUUCAAUAUUAAGCUCUAGCAUGUUCUCGAAGACGCAUAUUAACUCAAGAAAAGUGUAGGAAUAUCCAUCAACAGUGUACAUUUUUCAAUUUUAUAAAAUCUCCAGGUUUUAAUAUAUAUUUUUAUGUUUAUGUAAA